GGUUGUCUCCCCUUAAAAGCACGAUUCAUAAAGAGAAAGCGAGGAGAAUUAAUCGACAUUUGAUCUAUUCAGAUGGCAUGGCUACGGUGGAUCCCUGUUCUUAUGGUGGUGAUAUUGUCAUAGAGAAGAUAGUCCUUCAAAUCAUAUUUGAAAGAAGCACUUAUUUCCAGUCUGAAGACAUCUCUUAAAAACUUGAUUUCCACAAUGGAUUCAACAAAUAUAACGAGUGACUUUCUUGCUAAUGAAAUUCCAACACCUGUGCUUGAAGUGUCUUGCCAAGAUUCUACAUCAGCAUUGGCCAUACACCAAGCUGUGAUGGAAAUCAUUCCUGAUCGUACUUCCUCCUCCAUUGCUGCUACCCAUCUUUCAUCUGCUGAAAUUCUGCAAAGUAUUGGUACGGGUGGAUUUCCUCAACAAUCCUCCUCUUCCAAUGUUACAAUAUCAUCCCUUCAUAAAUCAACAGAAAGAGACAUUGGUCAUGAAUUAGUCAGUAAAUCAAUAGCCUCUGUUUUGAAGCCAGGACUUUCCCCUCCAUCGAAAACUUCAUGGAGCGUUUCUUCCAUGAUUGCUGAGCCAGAUGCAAAACAGGUGCAGUUAUCGUUAAGGCAAGAACAGCAAGAUUUUGCCAUAAACCAUGAUCAAUUCAGAGUUCAAAAUAUUGUACCAGCUGGCGACAUAAUUACAAUACCAUGGAAACCUACAGCAGUUGCAGAAUGUGGCACCAAUUCAGAACACUGCACAACAGCUACUAUUGUAAGUGUUGACAAAAUGUCAACAGCAUCCAUUGUUCUCCAAAAUGCACAGGAGGAUUUUUCUGUCAUCAGUGAAGAUUCUACAACCAUACAGGAAGAGGCUCUACCUAUAGAUGCAGUCAUAGAAACCAUUGAAGAAUAUGUUGGAAAUGAUACGAGAUCAGAUCCAAAUGGACAACCAAAUGAAGCAAAAAAAGAAAUCAUUGGUGACAAUGUUCAACCGAAUGCAGAUUGGAAUUUUGAUGUGAACAUGGCCUUUGAUAUGCACAUGAAGAAACACUCCGGAAACGUAAUUGAUGAAGUGGGUCAAAAUAAAUCACUAGUUACUAAUAGUGUGCAAGGUGGAAAAUUCACUGUGACAUCUAAAGGAUUGGCACCACCUUUACAGCCCGGCGUUAGUUUGAUCAGAAAUAUCACAACACCUGUCGGAACAGUUGGAAGAUACCAGGAUACACAAGGAAUUUUAAGAAGUGAUGCUAAUCAAUGGGAGAGUCAAGAUCUGCAGUUUUCUUUAAAUUCGGAUCCAACAAACGUUUUGAAAGUACAGUAUACAAAGAACGAGAUUCCAACAGUCUUGCAGAAAUCAUGUGUAGACAUUCAUUCAGGUUUUAAAGAACAGAACAUCCAGCCUAUCUUAAAUGCACAACCAAUGGAGCAGCCACUUCACAUUCAGAAUGAAAUGUACCGCUUAGGACUUCAUGUACAGAUUGAUAUUCCAGACAACGACAAUGUGAAGAUCGUCAAUCCUAGCCAGACAUUCAUUGUGCCUGAAGACAAUACAGUGGCAUCAUCAUCUACAGAAGUUGGAAACAUAAUGGUUCAAUCAACGUCAAAGGACCUGUUUUGGACAACAGAAGAGCAGAAAAAGCUUUCUACAGGUAAAGAAGUAGAAAACUCUGGGUUGUCAUCAAAUAAGAACAUCACUGCCAGUACACCAGUAGAAGAGAAUGUCCCGGCAACGCUAAGCAUGGUUCCAAGAGAGUAUGUCCGCACUGAUCUUGGAAAACUUUCUGGUGCAACUAAUGCAAGUGAUACUCCUCACAAGGUUUUUUCUGGAACAGGUUCGUUGGCUGUUGGACAUCUGGAAACAACACCGGUACCUGUAAGUGUUACUGGAACUAAUAUGGAAAAGACAUCUAGUGUUGAUACUGGUAACAACCAAGUUAGAAGAGAGAUUGCCCGCAUCGUUAUACUCCCAAAUAAAGUUGAAUCCAAUGACCAAACCAAACGAAUUGUUAAGGAGGUAGGUUGUAAAUCACCAAUGAAGAAGGCAUUGUUGAUUCCAAUACAAAACAUUUCUAGAGAAAAGUCAAAUAAAACCUCUGAACCAGCUGGACCAUCAGUACUGAGUACAGAUAACGGUACUUCAGAAUCGACAUGUAUGAGUGUGGAUCAGCAGGUAACCCUUAAUAAAGAAGAAAGACCUACAAUGACUUUGAAACCGCUGAGUAAUGCCAUGAUUGAGUGUGAAUUAAAUGUUUUGCAAAGACCAAAAAAAAUCACCAGAUAUUUCAAGGAAAAAGCCAAAAAUCAGGAAACAAAACAGAAGGAUAUACAACCCCAUGAAGCAAAGGAAGGCGACACACCUAAGGAAGUAUCCUCGGAGAAAGAUACCAAACCGUUUGCUUUGGAUGAUCCAAAUCCAUCUCCAGUGAUAUUGCUACGAAACUCUGCUGGUGGUCCAGAAGUGAAAGGCCCAAAGCCAUUCAUAUGUCAUGAGUGUGGCCGUGGCUUCAGCCAUCUUGGCGACUACAACAGCCAUGUGAAGGCGCACAAAGAUGGAAUGCCUUUCACCUGCAAGGAGUGUGGCGUUGGCUUCAGGAAAAGUGGUCAUCUGAUCAACCACAGUCGACGUCAUACGGGCGAGAAACCAUUUGCUUGUACACGAUGUGAUAACACAUUUGGACAACUGGGUACACUGAAGCGGCACAUGCGUAUACAUACUGGCGAGAAACCGUAUGAGUGUCCCACGUGUAAAAAGAGCUUUUCACAGCUGAGUUACAUGAAAGUGCACAGGCGGUCUCAUACUGGAGAAAGGCCAUUCAAAUGUGAGGUGUGUGAGCACAGUUUCUUGCAAAGUGGGGAUCUGAAGAAACAUAUGCUGCGAAAACACAACACAAAGAAGGAGCUGUCAUGCCCACACUGUACGAAAAGGUUUGGAGAUAAAGUUGACAUAAAACGUCACAUCAAAACCCACGAGGGCAAACUUGGGUGUAAGAUUUGUGACGAAAUGUUUCCUGAUGUAGAAAGUGCAAAGGUGCAUAAACAGAUGUUUCAUUCCAAAGAAAAAGUUAAAGAACUGUCCCAUCGGUGUGUAAUGUGUGAUAUAGGCUUCAAACUCAAAGCUGACCUUCAGUCUCACAAGAGGGACUGCCAUCCACCAGAUAAGAAAGCAAAACCUAAAGGAAGAGGAAAAGGAAAGAAGCGAGGAAGGAAGAGGGGAAAGCAGACGCCUAGAAGUGAUGAAGAUACGGAUUCAGAUUAUGAGGAAGAUAGAAGUGACCUUCAAGAUAUCAAACCUACCAUCACUGUUAAAGAAGAGGCAAUUGAUGCUUCAGACGAACAAAAAGAAGGAGAAGGGGACAAACAAGAAACAGUAGUGAGAGGAACCAGAAAGAGAAAAGCAAGUAAAUUUCAGCCGAGGAAGCUUCUGCCGCCUGUGAAACAGGAUCGUCCAAAGCGAACAAGAAGAUCAGUAGAAUAAAAAGAAGAAUUCAUGUAUCAUACUUCAGUUUAUAGAGCAUCUUAUAUUGUGUACAUGAGUCUUCGGUUCUUAAAAUUAUCGAUCCUCUGAUGAGGUUAAAUAAAAAUCAGUUGCACCAGUCUCAUAUGUAGUAUACAGUACAUCAAAUGAAAUGGAACCAGACCUUAAUAUAAUAGUACAUCAUGUGAGAUGGAAACUAAUAUUUUCUGUUUAUCAUCGAUAUUUUUAUAUGUGUUCAUAAUAUGUGCUAUUACACUGAUAUUCACGUGCUGAUAUUUAAAAUGUAUUCAUCUAAAACAUUAAUUAAUUGCAUUGAUUUGUUUCAGUGACCAGGAUCAAAAUUUUCCAUGAUAAGUCAUGAUUUACUGCCAAUAUUGAAGAUAUUUAUUUCUUGAGAUAUUAUCUUAACAUUUUAAACCGCGUUCUCUACUGCAAACCACAUUCACUAAUAUUAGCUCUUAUUUAAUUAAUCAAAUUUCCAUAUAAAACUCGCAUAAUGAUUGACGAAUUCAUUUUAAAAUCAAAUAGUGUGCACCAUUUCUUUUUAUAUAAAAUCAUAAAUACACUAUUUGUAAACAGUGGUCCCUUGAAAUGUUUGUAACUGAUCAGAUUAGUCUGUAGAUACAGCAUGUAGGGUUUAACUUGAUAUUAUUCCCCACGAAGUCGAGAAGGGGAUAGCAUUAUCGUUGUACUUUAGUCCUUUUUUGUCUCUCUGGCGGCUUUGUUUCAAACAAAUUUUGAUCAAAUUUGUACAUUGGUCAAGCAUGAGAAUACCUCAAACAAGUUUGUGUUUUAGGAUGCAAAGGUCAAGAUUGAGGUCACAUUUGCUAUCUAUAGAAAUAUUUUGUCGCUCUAGCAACUUCGUUUUUAAACAGAUUUUGAUUAAACUUCGCAUGCCGGUCCAGUAUAAGAACACCUCAAACGAAUCCUUAACAUUCGAAGUGAUUAGCGUCAUUUGAGAUGCAUUGUUCUUUUUUUAUAUAUAAUUGAAAGCACAUUUUGAUUUCUCGAAAUAAUUUUUUGUUUUUGUUACCUAUAGAUGACCUUCAUGCUCACCAGAGUAAAAUUUUAAUAAUUGUUAUAGAAACUCUGGUAAUUUAUUGAAAAACCAUAUAUCCUUCUCAACCGCAUUACUCAUACUGUCUACAAAAUUAAUAGCCUGUUGAAAUACACCUUUAAAAUGAGUUUCACUUUUAAUGACGAAGGUUUGCAGUGAGCCUGUGGCAUUUGGUGAUAGUACUUUUUCGGUAUUACUUUGUUAUGGUGAAGGUAUUUUUUGUGCAAACAUUAAGUUACGUUGUCAAGAAGUUCCUCUGUUAAAACACGAGAAUACAUCAAUGUAGGAAGUGUUAUUUGCAUAUCCGCGACCAAUGAUUGGUUUUCAUAAAUGAUUUCAAUCCGGCUUUGUAAUACAUUUAUAUAUAAUAUCCAAGCGAUAUACAUAUACUAUUACCAGCUAGAUAAUGCAUUUCUUAUAAGUGUCAUGAUCAAUAUUAUUACUACAUCGCUGCUUCCAUUUUGACAGAACGUUAAAAUAUAUUUUCUCCUGCGUCUUAUCUGCUAAUUUUUUAAUUGACUAUCUUGGGAAAUGAUUUAUGUUGGACAAUGAUGUCUCUAACUGUGAGAACAAUACAUGGCAGUGAUCUUACAGCCUUUGGUAUAAUGAUAUAAAUACACUAUCUGGUUACUGAUUUUAUAACCAGUCAUGCAGCUGCUCGACCUACUGUCACUGAACGUUCUCACUUCUCUUCAGAGUUGAUAGGAUAUGCCUAAUCUUAAAGCAUGGUCUAGUCUACUGUACAUGUGAUAACCCUUUUCUAUGUAGGAACUGAAUCGAAGACCUGUCCUUAUGAUCUCUUCUGAGAAAGUAAGACAGAAUUGUCACUUGAAGAACAGUAUCAUUUCACAUUGGUCAAUACAAAUAUGUAAUUGUUUAUCAUUAUGUAUUUUUAAGAUUGGCUAGUAAAAAGUAUGUAUUAUAUUGAAUCGCAUUGAUAGCAAAUUUGCUGAUUUUUGUUCAUUGUUCAUUGACCUCUACUUUGUUCAAUUAUGUGUAGAUGAUAUAUACCGCACAAGCAUUUAUUGAUAUUUAAGAAUGAUUUUCGGUUCCUUCAUCAUAUUUUCAACAUUAACGAUCCCUUUCCAUUUCAGCCCUACAGCAGUUCUACUGCCUUGAUUUUAAUGUAACUGAUGAAGCCCGAAUCACACAUUAAAAAAUAGUUCCUAUACAACACAUUUCGGUAUUCUGUAUAUUGAAUAUUUUUCUCAUCGUGUAAUUUUUUAUUUACUGAAUGUCUCGUUAUUAAGGUAUUUCUUUAAUGUCUCAUUAUAAAAACAAAUCUUUAAAAAUGGAAAAUAUUUAUAAUUGUGCAUUGGACAUUAUACAAAUCUCAUUCGUGCACUGUGCUUGUACAUACAAAUCUAUCUGUAUCUGUGUAGCUUAUGGAUAAGUAUCCAUUUCAGUUGCUUUGUUAUAGUUUUGAUAGGAUGUUCUUAAUAAUGUUCUCUUCGAUGUGAAUAAAAGUUACUCCAUGUUAAA